AUGGGUGAGUAUAUGAAAAAGUUCCAGUACGACGAAACUAAGGACAAGAAGAGUGAUGUCCGAAACGUUUUGCUGGUGGUUUGUGCGCUGAUCGUGGCGGUGACUUUCCAAGCCGGCGUGAACCCACCCGGCGGCGUAUGGCAAGAUACUCAGGGAAACGUCAGUUACCAAACGGGGAAGGCGAUUUUAGCGACGGAUCCAGUUACUUACCGGUUCUUCUUAGCAUUCAACUCCACGGCACUCAUCUCCUGCUUGUUCGUCAUACUCUGUCUCACUAAGGAGUUUCCUUUCUAUGCAGAAAUUUUGGUUGCUUCGGCCUCGCUGGGUUUUGGUUAUGGCUUCGCCAUAUUUUCCGUUACACCCAAGGACGCCGAUGUCAGACUUAACUACGUGGCCCUCGUAGCUUUCAUUCCUCCUAUGAUACGAUGUGCUUCAUCUUAUAAAUGGUUCGAUUAA